AUGAAUGAGCCGGUCUUCACUAACCCUGGCGAAUUACACGACUUCAAUGUAACGUGGGGUAUUAUUGCGAGUAAUUACAGCUUCAAGGUCAACGGAACUGACUAUGGUGGUGACGAGGACGUGAACAAUUGGUGGGCGCUGAUAGCGCUGGUGUUGGUCGUGUGUACGGCCGCUGGCAACGUGCUGGUGUGCUUAGCCAUUUAUCUGGAGAGGCGACUGCAGAAUGUGACCAACUACUUCCUAAUGUCGUUGGCGAUCACCGAUCUACUUGUAGCUGUUCUGGUGAUGCCGGUCGGUAUUUUGACGCUUGUUCGAGGAUACUUUCCCUUACCGGCUGUGUACUGCCUCGUGUGGGUCUGUCUGGACGUGCUUUUGUGCACUGCAUCCAUAAUGCAUCUAUGCACGAUCAGUGUUGACAGAUAUCUCUCCUUACGGUAUCCGAUGCGGUUCGGUAGAAACAAGACAAGGAAACGGGUGACCAUCAAGAUCAUGUUCGUUUGGAUAUUGUCUACGGCAAUGAGCCUCCCACUAAGUCUCAUGUAUUCAAAGAAUGAAGAAUCGGUGCUGAUCGGUGGUUCCUGUCAAAUCCCUGACCCUCUAUACAAAGCUAUUGGAUCCGUCAUCUCCUUCUACAUCCCCCUGGGGGUGAUGCUCCUAACGUACGCCCUGACGGUGCAACUGCUGGCCAGGCAGCGUAAGGGGCUCGGCCAAGGAUGGGCAGCCGGCUGGCUCGGUGGGGUUCCGAUCGAACGACGUUGUACGUGGAAACGGUUUCUCAGCCCGAGAGGAGGCACUCCGCAACACUCAGCUGCGUCCACGGAGACAGAACUACCACCGAUCGAUACUAGAGACCUCUGGCUGCAAGACUCCAGUGAGCCCGCUCCAUCAGCAAUGAGCGCAUUGCACCAUUUUGGGGCAGAGAUGUUGCGCCUCUCUCGUGGCUUGGAAGCUUCUGCUGCAGCUAAGACAUCCAAAGGAACAAAUAUAUCAGAAAAGGGAGGUAUGCUCACUCCGGGCUCCUUAAGUGUAUCUUCGAGUUCACCAUCAUCUAUGCUACAAGACAAGAGACGACCGUCGUCUACUUGUGAUCCAAAUCCUCUCCAACGCGCUAGAAGUGCCUCUGAUGACGAGAGCAACGACGGGCUAUUAGCACCGGUGACGUUAACCGCAAAAUCCAGAAGUUCCGAAGACGGUUUACUCCUUCCUCCUCCGUGCACAUGCCCCUAUUUUGGCUCAGAAUCGACCCCCCCAAGAAGGACGACGGAAGUCAUAAUCGUACCCGGAGGAGACAUAAGCGGAUGCAAUGGCUAUCCCAGAAACGGAAAUUUAAAACCAGAAGAGACUCCUCAUUUCUUCAGACGCCCAAGCCGAGGCGCAUCCUCUAUGGUGACUUGGGAGGAAGCUAGACGGUUUCGACGCGGUUCUAGCUUCGGGACAAGGACUACUCUGUCUACCCCGGUGAGAGCGAUCCGCAGUCAGAGAUCAAUAAAUUCGCGUCCCCAGGGUCCACCGACUCCGCAAAGACAAGCGCCAAGAACCCACCACUCGAGAAACUCGAGCGUCAUUUCUCGAAACUCAUCACGCCACGGAAGAAUAUUGCGCUUGGAACAAAAAGCGACGAAAGUGCUCGGUGUCGUGUUUUUCACGUUUGUCGUGCUGUGGGCGCCGUUUUUCAUUCUCAACAUGGUGCCGGCUGUAUGCCCCGAGUGUGAGAAGAGAAUACCUCUUUGGGUGUUUGAUUUUGUUUUGUGGUUAGGUUACGCUUCAUCCAUGGUGAAUCCUAUAUUUUACACGAUUUUUAACAAGGUGUUCCGACAAGCCUUCAAGAAAGUGCUUCUCUGCGAGUACUGCAAGAAGAGAUAG